CAGCCUGGGAACUCACAUAAAGGACCAAAGGAGAAGCCCAAGAGGUCACAGUGCUGGCUGUGAGGGACUGGUCACCCAGACAUCAUGAGUUGGUCCUUGCAGCCCCGGAAUUUCAUCCUAUGCUUCACGUUUUUAUUGCUCUCUCCAACUGGCCUAGCCUACGUUGCUACCAGAGAUAACUGUUGCAUCUUAGAUGAGAGAUUCGGUAGUUACUGCCCAACCACCUGUGGCAUUGCAGACUUCCUGUCCUCUUACCAAAGCAAUGUGGACAAUGACCUCCUGACACUGGAAGACAUCUUAUACAGGGCGGAGAACAGAACCACCGAAGCCAAAGUGCUGAUCAAAGCAAUUCAAGUUAAUUACAACCCCAACCAAGCCACAAAGCCAAAUACGAUAGAGAGUGCCACUCAGAAGUCUAAGAAAAUGGUAGAAGAGAUUCUGAAAUAUGAAGCGCUGAUAUUAACACAUGAGACAAGUAUUCGGUAUUUACAGGAAAUCUAUAAUUCAAACAACCAGAAGAUCGUGAACCUGAAACAGAAGGUAGCCCAGCUUGAAGCUCAGUGCCAGGGGCCUUGCAAGGACACCGUGCAAAUCCAUGACACAACUGGGAAAGAUUGUCAGGAUAUUGCCAACAAGGGUGCCAGAGAAAGUGGACUUUACUUCAUAAAGCCUCUGCAUGCUAAGCAGCAGUUCUUAGUGUACUGUGAAAUCGACGGAUCUGGAAACGGUUGGACUGUGUUGCAGAAGAGGACUGAUGGCAGCGUGGAUUUCAAAAAGAACUGGAUUCAGUACAAAGAAGGAUUUGGACACCUGUCUCCCACCGGCACCACGGAGUUCUGGCUCGGAAAUGAGAAGAUUCAUUUGAUAAGCACACAGACCCAAAUCCCAUAUACACUGAGAAUUCAGCUCAAGGACUGGAGUGGCAGAACCAGCACUGCAGACUAUGCCACGUUCAAGGUGGGUCCUGAGUCUGACAAAUACCGCCUGACCUAUGCCUACUUCCUUGGUGGAGAUGCCGGGGACGCCUUUGAUGGCUUUGAUUUUGGUGAUGAUCCUAGUGACAAGUUUUUCACAUCCCACAAUGGCAUGCACUUCAGCACCUGGGACAAUGAUAAUGACAAGUUUGAAGGCAACUGUGCUGAACAGGACGGAUCCGGUUGGUGGAUGAACAAAUGUCAUGCUGGCCACCUCAAUGGCAUUUAUUAUCAAGGUGGCACUUACUCAAAGUCAUCCACUCCCAAUGGUUAUGACAACGGCAUUAUUUGGGCCACCUGGAAAAGCCGCUGGUAUUCCAUGAAGGAAACCACCAUGAAGAUAAUUCCUUUCAACCGACUUUCCAUUGGAAACGGGCAGCAGCACCACCUGGGGGCAUCCAAACAGGCUGGAGACAUUUAAAGAACAUCUCAAAGCUGAUUUGCUUUUUUAAAGGACUGUAUCCAAGCAGAGAAAUAUAAUAUUUUUCCUAUGAGACUAUGGACUUUCAAAGCUCACUUCAUGUUAAGAGUUAAUGGGAUCCAUGAGGAAAACUCCAUUAGCAGUUUUAUGCUGGCAAUAAUUUAUCUACAUGCAUUUCAAUAAAGAUUUUGUUUCCUAAGAUGA